AUGGCGGGAAAGGCCUUACCAGAGCAAGGGCUGCAGAAAGGCACCGCCCCCCAGGACGACGCGGGCCUCCAGGACAGUUUGUUCUCCUCUGAAAAUGACAACAGCCUAUACUUCACCUACAGAGGCCAGUCCAACACCCUGGAGGUCAGAGAUCUCAGCUACCAGGUGGACCUGGCCGCCCAGGUGCCUUGGUUUGAGCAACUGGCUCAGUUCAAGAUUCCCUGGUUGUCGCGCAACAGCCAAGACUCUCGCCAUCUGGGCAUUGAGAACCUGAACUUCAAAGUGAAAAGUGGGCAGAUGCUGGCCAUCAUAGGGAGCUCAGGCUGCGGGCGGGCCACGUUGCUGGACGUGAUAACCGGCCGUGACCAUGGAGGCAAGAUCAAGUCUGGGCAAAUCUGGAUCAACGGGCAGCCGAGCACACCGCAGCUGGUGAGGAAAUGCGUGGCGCACGUGCGCCAGCAUGACCAGCUGCUCCCCAACCUGACCGUCCGAGAGACUCUGACCUUCGUCGCCCAGAUGCGCCUACCAAGGACCUUCUCCCAGGCCCAGCGGGACAAACAGGUGGAGGAUGUGAUUGCGGAGCUGCGGCUAAGACAGUGCGCCGACACGCCGGUGGGCAACAUUUACGUGCGAGGGGUGUCAGGGGGCGAGCGCAGGAGGGUCAGCAUUGGGGUGCAGCUCCUGUGGAACCCAGGGAUCCUCAUUCUGGACGAGCCCACCUCCGGCCUUGACAGCUUCACUGCCCACAACCUGGUGAAGACCUUGUCCCGGCUGGCCAAGGGCAACCGGCUGGUGCUCAUCUCCCUCCACCAGCCCCGCUCGGACAUCUUCAGGCUGUUUGACCUGGUUCUCUUGAUGACGUCCGGAACCACCAUCUACCUGGGGUCGGCCCAGCACAUGGUCCAGUAUUUCACGGCCAUCGGCUACCCGUGUCCCCGAUACAGCAACCCUGCUGACUUCUAUGUGGACCUGACCAGCAUUGACAGGCGCAGCCAUGAGCAAGAGAUGGCCAGCAGGGAGAGGGCUCAGUCCCUCGCAGCCAUGUUCCGGGAAAAAGUGCGUGACUGCGAUGAUUUCGUGUGGAAAGCAGAGGGCAGGGAGUUGGAUGUUGCCGGCACCCAUGUGGAAAGUCUGACCCUCGCAGGGGACACUGACGCCUUCCAGACCCCUAGCAAGUUGCCCGGCGCUGUACAGCAGUUUACCACAUUGAUCCGUCGUCAGAUUUCCAAUGACUUCCGAGACCUGCCCUCCCUCCUCAUCCUCGUGACAGAGGCCUGCCUCUUGUCCCUGGUCAUCGGGUUCCUCUACUACAACCAUGGAAAUAUCCACCUCUCCCUGGCAGACAGCACUGCACUCUUGUUCAUGAUUGGAGCCCUCAUCCCCUUCAACGUCAUCCUGGACGUCACCUCCAAAUGCCACUCAGAGAGAGCGAUGCUCUACCAUGAACUGGAGGAUGGGCUCUACACAGUGACUCCCUAUUUCUUGGCCAAGAUCCUGGGGGAGCUGCCUGAACACUGCAUCUAUGUCGUCAUCUACGGAGUACCCAUCUACUGGCUGGCCAACCUGCGCCCAGGCCUCCUGCCCUUCCUGCUGCACUUUCUGGUCGUGUGGCUGGUUGUCUUCUCCUGCCGGGUCAUGGCCCUGGCCUCUGCUGCUCUGCUGCCCACCUUCCACAUGUCAUCCUUCUUCUGCAAUGCCUUCUACAACUCCUUCUACCUCACUGGUGGUUUCAUGAUCAGCCUGGACAACCUGUGGGCAGUGCCCUCGUUGAUUUCUGAGAUCUCCUUCCUCCGCUGGUGUUUCGAGGGGCUAAUGCAGAUCCAGUUUAAUGGACAUCAGUAUACCACGCAGAUUGGCAACCUGACCCUUUCCAUCCCUGGAGAUGUAAUCGUCAAUGCCAUGGGCCUGAACUCACAGCCACUCUAUGCCAUCUACCUUAUUCUCAUCGGCAUCAGCGGCGGCUUCCUGCUCCUCUACUAUGUGUCCUUACGGUUCAUCAAGCAGAAGUCCAGGCAGGACUGGUGA